CAUCACUAAUUUGUGGGAACGAACGGGUCGAAAAGAAAAAAAGUCGCUCGCUUGCGAUAAAUAUUAAUAAAUUUCAAACGAGGGCAACCGCAAAUUAGUUGAAAAUCAACGCAAUGGCCUGCACUGCUAGCAAGACGCCUCUGUUGCGCGCUAUCUCCAAACGGGGAUAUGCCGUCUGCCCACGACUCGUUGGUGAUACCUCUCCCAUCAGCGUCAAUGUGCUGGACAAUAAACUGGUGGUGGCCACCGCAGAUGCCUCCGUUCCCGUCUCGCGUGUCUCGAUUGUGCUGCGUGCUGGUUCCCGUCAUGAGGCCUAUGAUACGCUGGGUGCCUCGCAUCUGCUGCGCCUCGCUGGCAGCCUGAGCACGCAGAGAUCUUCUGCCUUUGCCAUUGCCCGUCACAUUCAGCAGGUGGGCGGCACCUUGACGGCCUGGGGAGAUCGCGAAUUUGUUGGCUAUACGGUGGAGACGACGUCGGAAAAUGUGGAGACGGGUCUCUGUUAUCUGCAGGAUCUGUUGCAGCCCGCUUUCAAGCCCUGGGAGCUGAAGGAUAACGCCAAGACACUGCACAAUCAACUGUAUGCAGUUACCACAGAGCAACGCGCUGUUGAGCUGCUCCACAAGGCUGCAUUCCGUCGUGGAUUGGGCAACUCCAUCUACAUCCCACGUUUCCAGCUGGGCAACAUCUCCAGCGAGAGUCUGCUGCACUAUGUGGCCAAUAAUUUCACUGCCGGCACAGCUGCCGUUGUGGGCGUUGGCAUUGACAACAACACCUUGUCCGGAUUCGCCCAGAAUCUGCAGUUCCCCAACGGAUCUGGCAGUGGCAAGAGCCAUGCUAGCAGCUAUUACGGCGGAGAUGCACGCAAGGAUACGUCCGGACAUCGUGCUGUGGUCGCUGUUGCCGGCGAAGGUGCUGCUGUAUCCAACCAAAAGGAGGCUUUGGCUUUUGCCAUUCUUAAUCACGCUGUCGCUGGUCAUCCCACCAAGUACGGCAAGCAAUCCGGCAUCUUUGGCGAGGCUGCCGCCUGCGCCGGCGAUGCACCCGUCUCGGUGAAGAGCCUGAAUGCCAGCUACUCGGAUGCGGGUCUCUUUGGCUUUGUCGCCUCUGCCGAUGCCAAGGACAUUGGCAAGGCCGUUGACUUCCUGGUGCGUGCUCUCAAGUCCGGUUCCAUUGCCGAAAAGGAUGUGAACCGCGGCAAGGCGGCGCUAAAGGCCCGCGUCAUCUCCAGCUACGCCUCCGAUAGCGGUCUGAUCCGCAUGAUCGCUCGCCAGGCUUCCCUCAACAGAACCGUGCUGGAAGCCGACGCCCUGGUGGCCGCCAUCGAUGGCAUUUCAGUGCAACAGGUGCAGGCAGCUGCCAAGAAGGUCGCCGGCUCCAAGCUGUCCGUUGGCGCCAUCGGACACUUGGCACAUGUGCCCUAUGCAUCCGACUUGGCUUAAACCUAGAUAAUCUUGUAACCCGUAACCUGUUAAUGUAAUUUAAUCCAUGCUGGAGACGUCUAACGAAAUAAACCUGUUGGAAUUAACGAUAUCGAUUCAA